AUGAAGCCCUCUCGCAAGAACCAAGGCGCGACGGGCCGCCUGCGCGGCGUAGCGUGGCUGGGGACCCUGGCGGUCUUCCUGGUCGUGCUCUGCGCCAGCGCGCGUCCCGCCGAUGCCGCCCCCUUUACCGCCUCGACGGGCGCUGAGCUGGCCCCGCGGUCGACGCGCGACAUUGUCGAUCAGAUCUUCAACAGGCUGGCGGACCGCAUCACGUACGGCGCAGGCGGCGCCGUGCAGCAGGGCGACGGCUACGACCAAUCGAGUGCAUCGGCAUCUUCGGCUUCCGCGUCAUCGGCCAGCCCAUCGUCGGCAGCCACGCCCAGCAAGACGGCGUCGCCGUCCUCGUCGGCCCCGUCGAGCAGCCGCCCGACGCCCAGCGCGACCGACACGCCCAAGGACAAGCAGCAGGCGGACCCGGCCGACGACGAAGAGCAGCCGGGCCUGCUCUCGCCCAAGAACAAGCUCUUCCCGCUCGUCGUGGUCGGCAUCUCGGCCGCCGUGAUCCUGGCGCUGCUCCUCUUUAUCGCCAUCGCGCGCGCCGUCGCGCACGACAAGAUGCGCCGCGACGCCAUCGUCGCGUCCAAGCGCGGGCCGGGCGACGCCUACGGGUCGAGCAAGGAAAAGGGCGACCGGCUGACGUCCGCUGCCCCGGGCAUGUCGGCCGCCCGCUCCAUCCGGCGCGCCAUUACGCGCAAGAAGCUGGGCAGCUUUGCGCGGCGCACCCAGGACAAUAGCGUGCUCAUCGACGUCGGCGACGAGGUGUUUGCCGUGCCGGCGCACCUCGCCGAGUCGUACCGCAACGAGAUGAUCCGAGAGCGCAAGAUGGGCUCCAGCAGCGCCUCGGGAUCCAAGGAGAGCAUCACCGACGGGCCCUUUGGCAAGAUCCGACCCAAGCACCUCACCGGCGGCGGCCCGGACGUCGAGGGCUGGCGGGCCAGGCUCAACUACGACGAGCAGGUCAACGGCAGCGGCGGCGCGACCAGGUCGGAUGGCAAGCCCAACCGUACCCUCAGCCAGCGCAUCGCCGAUCGGUUCAAGGCCAUGACCCAGUCGUUUAUCGAGGAAGAGCCCGAGCUCGAGCAAGAGCACGGCGAUGGCCGCCCGACGGCACGGAACGCUGCGGGUGCCUUCUCCUUUGACGCCGCCAACCAGCCUCGGGGAGCGAUGCGCCAGGCCGACCUCUCGUCGCAGGUGCCGGUACUGACCCACGGCUCCUCGGACUGGCAGAUCCGCCCUUCCAACAGCGACGCCAUGGCCAACGUGGCUGCCGCCCAGAGGCAACACAAGGCCGGCAACGUGCCGCGCAAGCCCGUCUCGUACCCUGCCGCCGACCGCAAGAGCAUCGUCCCGGACGCCUCGAUCCUGAGCGACAAGCUGAGCGAUCUCGAAAAGCAGGUGCAGUCGUCGUCAAGCCACAAACGGCGUCGCCGACCAGGCCCGCCGCCCGCCUCGCAGCUCUCCCACGAGCGCAUCACCCUCUCCGACGGGCCUUCGCCCUCGUCGUCCUCUAACGGCCACGGCGGCGGGAGCGGGAUGGGCACGUACGCCGGCUCCGACUCGCACCUCUCGUCGGACUCGUCGAACCGUCACGGCCACGCCGCCUCGUCCGGGUACACGCCGAGCGACUCUUCGGCCGCGGUCGCGACGGCGGGCCAUGCGCCCCGACGCGACGAGGAGGUCAACAAGUCGGUCGAGGUCAACAAGGUCGAGAUCAAGCGUGCGCAGCGAGCCAUGAGCAUCCACCCCGUCGCCGUGUCGAGCGGAACCUACCGCCACCGCAAGGCGCAGCACCCUUCGCACCAGCUGAUUGCCGACCGCGUCAACCAGUCGCAUCAGCAGAGGCAGAAGCCGAGCAUCGCCGCAGCGACGUCGGCGGCGACGACCAGGGAUGUGCCCCGCUCCAAGUCGCAGCACGCCUCGUCGCGCAGGUACUCGGCCGCCGACCGCGGCGAUGGCCGUGCGGCGCUGACGCUGCGCCCUGAGCAGCCGCCCAGGGCCGCCUUCCUCAAGGGCCUCGACAACGUCAGCUCCCGCGGCAUCGACGCCAUCCGACCGCUGCCCGUCCCGCCGCAGCUGUCUCCGUUCGCGCCCUGA